CUUUCCCCUCUACUUUCUCUCUCUCUCUAAAAGUACUGGUGAGCAGUGAGAGAGAAUGUUUACGAGUAUAUUUCUAUUCUUUCAGUUUUGUAAUUUUAAUACCCUGAAGAAAAGAAAUAGUAAUGUCUAGCGGUGCCGGUGAGCAUAGGCUUCACAGCAAGCUUGAAGAAGCACUGGAAAUCAAAUCCCUAAGACGGAUUAUUAGUGCUUACCUCAAGUACUCUCUCUAUCUAAAUGCCGCAGAAGAAGAUGUAAAAAGGUACGAAAGAUCCUAUAAACAGCUUCCUCCUGCCCACAAGGCAAUUUUAUCUCAUUUUCCAUUCAAGUUUCAGAGGCUCAGAAGGUAUAUAACUAAUAAGAGUAUUUCUGUGAAUUCUUUUUUUAUCAUGAGUAUGCUACAGGCAUUUGAGCCCCCUCUAGACAUGAGCCAGGACAUUGAUAUUCGUGAAAAAGAAGAUCGGGAUGAUGUAUGCAAUGAUCAUCUCUCUGAGGAGAGGAAUUUUUCUUAUAGCCUCAUACCUACGACCAGUGGAAAAACACCUGACACUGACCAGUUAUAUUGUGGAGAAGGGAUCAAGAUGAGGUGCAAGUCACCUGAGGACAGAACCAGUGACGAGGUCAGCAAGGGGGUUCCAGCGGUUUCCAAGUCUGUAAGCAUGGAGAACACCACGGGGUUAAAUAAUGCUGGGCGCAGUGAUGUUAUGGACAUCAACUGUGAGGCAGGGCUUUGUUCUGUUUCUGAUUCGAAUGGAAAUGUAUGCUCAGUCCAGCAAGACUGGUUAGAUCCUUCAUUACAACUGCAAGUUCCUCUAGCUGAUGUUGACAAGGUCAGAUGUAUUAUACGGAAUAUUGUUAGAGACUGGGCGCCGGAGGGACAGUGGGAACGUGACCAGUGCUACAAACCUAUUCUUGAAGAGCUAGAUCGCCUAUUUCCUUCCCGAUCUAAAGAUAGGCCUCCUUGCUGUUUAGUUCCCGGUGCUGGUCUGGGAAGGCUGGCUUUGGAGAUUUCUUGCCUUGGUUUUACAAGUCAAGGGAAUGAGUUCUCAUACUACAUGAUGAUCUGCUCAAAUUUUAUUCUUAACCAUACUGAGGCUGUAGGGGAGUGGACAAUAUAUCCUUGGAUCCACAGCAAUUGCAACUCUCUUUCUGAUAAUGAUCAGCUCUGUCCUGUUUCAUUUCCAGAUAUCCACCCUGCCAGUGUAGGAAUUACUGAAGGCUUUUCCAUGUGUGGUGGUGACUUUGUUGAAGUUUAUAGUGACCCAAGUCAAGAAGGAGCUUGGGAUACGAUUGUCACAUGUUUCUUCAUUGAUACUGCACACAACAUCGUAGAAUAUAUUGAAACAAUAUCGAGACUUCUCGUAGAUGGAGGAGCAUGGAUAAACUUGGGACCCCUUCUUUAUCACUUUGCCGAUGCGUUUGGGACAGAAGAUGAGAUGUCAAUUGAACUCAGUUUGGAAGAUGUGAAGAAGGUUGCUUUUGAAUAUGGAUUUCAAUUGGAGCGGGAGAAGUUCAUUGAGACAACAUACACUGCCAAUCCUCGAUCCAUGAUAACCGCUGCUAUUACAGUUUUUUUUCUGCAGAACCGAUACUCCGCUGCAUUUUGGACCAUGACAAAGAUACGGAAACCUAGUAAAGAUUCGCCACAGCCAAAGUAAAGAUGAUUAUAGGAAAAAAAAACAGGGAAAAGGAGAACUGAGGAAAAAAGAAAGUACCGGUAGGUAGUUGAACUGUUGUAUUGAUACAUGAACUUUACUGACAGGUGGUUAAAGUUGCCUUCAUAUAAAUAUAUCCAUUAUUACAA